AUGCAAAAAAGAGAGAGAAAAAAUUUUGCAAAAGGACUUACUAAUUUAAAUGUUUUAACAUUGACCUUAUUUUAUACUCUUCUAUGUACAAACACUCCAUCGAAUUACUUACUUCUUGUUGUUAUGCUUCGAUGUGGCAAUGGCAAGUCGCAGACAAGACCUUUCGCAACAAUUCCAACAUCGGAAUUGUUUUAG